UAUUUCUCCAUUUUGUCCCCACUAUAACAAUUUCUCCCUUAGGAAAAAAAAUGUCUAAAGUCUUGUGGAAAAGCUUCAAUCUUUGUAUUGCCAGAUUAAAGUGCCUCCCCACCAUCACUUUUUCGAGGCAGCCACCACCGAAGGAAGAAGAAAAAGACUUAAUCAAGAAUUUUUAUUCUCUCUAUGAUUCUGAUACUGAUUACAUUCCUGACUUUGGUCCUAUCCAGGCCUCCCAACGCUUCUUCUUCUCCUCCCCCGGGCGCUCCAAUGCAAUCAUCGAGCCAUCGGAAUGCCCACCACGGCAGGCGGUAGUCGAAGGCGGAGUUGCCAUUCAGACCUACUCUCUAAACCCGUAUGUAGAAUUCAGAAAAUCAAUGCAGGAAAUGAUUGAAGAACGUGGGUUUACAGAUGUUAAGGCUGAUUUCGAGUUCUUGCAUGAGCUUCUUUUAUGUUAUUUAACGUUAAACCCUACACGCAACCACAAGUUCAUUAUUGGUGCUUUUUCGGACGUCAUUGUAUCGCUCAUGUCUGUCCACCACUUUUGCUACAAAACUCAAGGCUAGAAACCAUUGCAUCCUUUUCAUUUAAGAAAACAUUUGUCUUGUUUGUUUA